CACAGGCUUGUUCUCAUCCCAUCUGGUCUGAACCACCUAGCUUGUCUUGUCCGCAGUAGCAGCUAGCAACCAUGGCUUCAACCUUAGCCACCACCGCCUCAUUCCUUAACGCCGCCGCCGCCGCCACUCACAAACCCCUCUCCAAUGUCCGCCGCCGCCCAAUUCAAAUCAGCAACUCUCUCUCCGCCGCCUCUCCUCCUCCUCCUCCCUACGAUCUCAAAUCUUUCACCUUCUCACCCAUCAAAGAAUCCAUCGUCUCCAGAGAGAUGACCCGGAGGUACAUGACCGACAUGAUCACCUACGCAGACACCGACGUCGUCGUCGUCGGCGCCGGCUCCGCCGGCCUCGCCUGCGCCUACGAGCUCAGCAAAAACCCCUCUGUUCGGGUUGCUAUAAUCGAGCAAUCGGUCAGCCCCGGCGGCGGCGCGUGGCUAGGCGGGCAGCUAUUCUCAGCUAUGGUGGUGCGCAAGCCGGCCCACCAUUUCCUCAACGAAUUAGGCAUCGAAUACGACGAACAAGACAACUACGUCGUCGUCAAGCACGCAGCUUUAUUCACCUCCACGAUCAUGAGCCGCCUGCUGGCCCGGCCCAACGUGAAGCUCUUCAACGCCGUGGCGGCGGAGGAUCUGAUCGUCAAAGGCGGCCGCGUUGCCGGCGUCGUGACCAAUUGGGCGCUGGUGUCGAUGAACCACGACACGCAGUCGUGCAUGGACCCCAAUAUCAUGGAGGCGAAGGUCGUGGUCAGCUCGUGCGGCCACGACGGCCCGUUCGGAGCCACCGGAGUCAAGCGGCUGAAGACCAUCGGAAUGAUCGCCGCCGUGCCGGGGAUGAAGGCGCUGGAUAUGAACCAGGCGGAGGACGCCAUUGUACGGAUGACGAGGGAGGUCGUUCCGGGGAUGAUCGUGACCGGGAUGGAGGUCGCCGAGAUCGAUGGAGCUCCGAGAAUGGGUCCGACGUUCGGAGCGAUGAUGGUGUCGGGGCAGAAGGCGGCGCACUUGGCGUUGAGGUCGUUGGGGCUGCCGAAUGCGGUGAGCGUCGAGCCGGAGAUGGUCUUGGCGGCGGAGGACGGCGGCGCUGGAACUGUUGUGGAUGCAUAAGUUAUGUUUGAGAAUGGUAAUGGUUAAGUUUGUGUGUGGUAAUAAAAUGGUAAUGGUAAUGGUAAUGGUGAUAUUAUUACGUGGAAUAUGCUAUAGCCUUUGUGGUUUUUUUAUUUUGUAUGAAAGAAGAUCCCUGUUGGUUAAUGGACUCUUAUUUAAGCUUU